GUCGACAUCCGUCCAUACGUAUUUUACGUAUCCACAUUGGACACCGUACACGUUGAAGCUGUUGCGGCUGCUUCGAUAUUCCAACUUGCAUCGGUUUGUGUAGGGUUGAACAAUGUCUUCAUUUAGGAAAGCGCUAAAAUCUCAACAACGGAACCACAAAGAAAGGUCUCAGCCCGGUUUCAGAAAACACUUUGGUAUUUUGGAGAAGAAAAAAGAUUACAGACUUAGGGCAGAUGACUACCACAAGAAACAGAACACGCUGCUGGCGCUCCGCAAGAAGGCGCAGCGGAAGAAUCCGGACGAGUUCUAUUUCAACAUGAUCAACUCAAAGUUGCAGGACGGCGUUCACAUAAAGAAGCCAAAAAAUGACGACGUGGUGACGGAGGAGCAGAAGAAAAUGAUGAGGACUCAGGACAUUGGCUACGUGAGGAUGAAGAGGGUGGCCGAGGCUAAGAAAAUCGAAAGGCUGAGAUCGGAGCUUCACCUCUUGGACGCUGAGGGCAAAAUGAGGAAUAAACACACGUUUUUUGUAGAUACUAAAAAAGAAGUGGACAACUUUGACCUGGCGACACACCUGAACACAGCCCCUGAGUUGGUGGGUCGAGUGUUCAACCGGCCCAGUAUGGAGACGCUGGAGACCAAGUCCAUCCAGGGGGCCACGAAUCCCAAGCAAAUCGAGAGACUGGCCAGGCAGAGACGACACCAGUACAAGAUGCUGGCCCAGCGCUUGGCGAGAGAAAAGGAGAUGUUUGUUAUCGAACAGAAGAUCCAGACCCGGAAGGAUCUGCAGGAGAAGUGCAAGAAAAUAAAGGUGUGCAAGGAGACCAAGCAGGCCCCAGCAAUCUACAAAUUUGAUACCAAGAGGAAGCGCUGAGGUCUGACAGUGACCCCCCCCCCCCCACACACACACACACACACAUCACAUCACAUCACGGGUGACCUCAAAGUUCCUGUUCUUCUGGAAUAGUCUCACCUUGGUUGUGAUUUGGCUGCUCAAGAAAAGAACAAUUUCCGACACAUGAUAUCUGAAGAUUUUUUGUAUUUAUAAGAUGCAAGAAAAAUGCUUAGUAAGGCUUGGAUUAUGUAUUAAACAUUUUUGAAUUUAAAACCCUGUGGCCUUUUUGUUGUGCUGUGCCUAUGAGCCAGCAGGGGGCGCUGGUGGGCUUUGCAGUGAUUCGCAGUGGGGAUCGCUCACUUGCAAGGAAUCUGCUAUUUGACAAGUAAUCGGAUACUAUCUGGAUUUAUUACUUCCCAUUGUCUGCUCUCCGUUGAGAAGUGGGUUAAUUGCAGUUGUGAGAUUUGCAAUCGAAAUAAUUGAUAAUAAAUUUCAGUCUAAUUACA